UUUCGCCUCCGUUUCUCCCUCUUUUCUGGCAGCAGCCAACACAGCCGCAGAGCAAAGGCACGCAGGAUAUGGGCAAAAAAACAACUGAUUCUCCAGCAAGGCUGUCAGGCCGGGGCUCAGGCUGACGGUCUCGGCUGCAGGGAGCCCAGCUGGACCAAAUCCAUUGUUAAUCCAGCAGAAGGACUGAGUAAGGACAACCUGUUACUUCUCUGACAGGCCCGUCAGGGCUUUUAGUUCUGGCCUCCUUGAGGAUGUGAGGAUUCUUUGCCGGCUCUUUGGGAAAAGCUGUCAGUGCUGGAAGUUCAUGGCCAAAUGUAGAGCUGUGGUGGUUGACGACAAGAACUUCGGAGGGACAAUGUCGGCCACGCAGGCGAUGAGCCGCACCAGCGUCUACAGCUACUUCCUCAACAUGGUGGCCUAUCAGAUUUGUUGCUGCUGUGGACCGGCUCCUUGCUCGCUCUGCUGUGCCUUCUGCCCUCCUGUCAAAUCGUCCACCAGCACACGAGUCAUGUACACCAUCUUCCACAUCAUGAGCUGCGCCGUCUCCUGCCUCAUGUUGUCCCGCACCAUCUCUGAGCUUGUCAGGGAGAAUGUGCCUUUCUUCAACGUGGUGUGCGACCAGGCGCACGGCGGCGGCCACUGCGAGAUGCUGGUGGGCUACUCCGCCGUCUACAGGGUCUGCUUCGGCACCUCCUGCUUCUACCUGAUGAUGGCCAUCUUCCUCAUUGACGUAAAGUCCAGUCAGGACUUCAGAGCGCUCAUCCACAACGGGUUCUGGUUUUUAAAGUUUAUCACCCUGCUUGGAAUGUGCACUGCUGCCUUCUUCAUCCCGACAGAGUCUUUUCUACAUGCUUGGCAUUACGUGGGCGUGGUGGGAGGAUUUGCCUUCAUCCUCAUCCAGCUCAUCCUCAUCACAGCUUUUGCACACACAUGGAACAAAAACUGGUUGACCGGAGCAGCAGAAAACAAGCGCUGGUACCUGGCAGUAAUGUGCGCCACCCUCUUCUUCUACACCAUCGCCACCAUGGCCUUCACCUUCAUGUACAAGUACUACACACACCCCAUCGCCUGCCAAUUCAACAAGGUCCUGCUGUGGGUCAACCUGGGGCUCUGCGGCCUCAUGUCCUUCAUCGCCGUCACGCCCUGCGUCAAGCAGAAGCAGCCUCGCUCUGGGCUCCUUCAGGCCUCCAUUAUCAGCUGUUACGUCAUGUACCUGACUUUCUCCGCACUGUCCAGCCGCCCGCCAGAGAAAGUGGUGUAUCAGGGCAUGAACAUGACCGUCUGUUACCCCAGUGUGGGACAAGAUGGAGUGAAGAAUGAGGGCAAUGCCGUGGCCAUCAUUGGAGCUGCCAUCAUGUACUGCUGUGUUCUCUUCGCUUGUAAUGAAGCUUCAUAUCUGGCGGAGGUGUUUGGUCCGUUCUGGAUGAUCAAAGUUUAUCGCUACGAGUUCCAGAAAGCGACAUGUUGUUUUUGUUGCCCUGAGGAAGAAGCAGUUGAAGAGGAGUUUGUGGUUGAUGAUGACAACAAAGGUUGUCAGAAUGUUAUCCAUAAUGAGACCCAGAAGGUGGCUUACAGUUACUUCUUCUUCCAUUUUGUCUUCUUCUUGGCCUCACUGUACGUCAUGAUGACCCUCACUAACUGGUUCAGCUAUGAGUCAGCGGUGUUGGAGACCACCUUCACCCACGGCUGCUGGUCCACCUUCUGGGUGAAAAUGUCAUCCUGUUGGGCCUGUGUGAUCCUUUACCUGUGGCUGCUGCUGGGCCCUCUGUGCAGCUGCCAGAAUGAGUCCAGACCACGACGUUCUCGCAUCAAACGUCGCUCCGCGUCCUGCCGACAUGUCAGUGUCAGCGUAUGACGAUAUCUGUUGGCGCCCCGCCUGAAGGGAGCUAAGUAUGAACAGAUGAGGACAAAAAGACGGAUGAGUCUGAGCUGGCCACGGUGCUCUGGUGGUUGGUGGGGUCAAGGACUUGCAAAGUUGUGAGAAAAAGAGUGAGAGGGGUCAGCAAACGGCGCCGUGUUGAUGCCAGAAGAACUGGCCCUAAAUUACACCACAAUGAAAAACGUGGUUUUAAAACUCUCACAGAAAGAAUUGCCAAAGGGACCCGAAGGAGUAGACUAUAGUUUUGUGGGAGUAAAAGUAAGGAGCUGAAAUAAAAGGGGGGAAAUUUCAUGUUUUUACUGUUGAAAUAUUUUUUUCCCCAAUAUUUAGACAACCAGUGUCAUAACAGAGCAAGCACUCUAGAUGUUUGCUGUAAUAUCACAGCAGAGGAACAAAUCCCAAUAAUUAGAAGAUUUCUUUCAGUCUUGUCUGUCCUCUGAUCUUCAGAAUACAUAUGAUGGCUCUGAGCAUGAAUGAAUUAACAGAAAAAAUCCUUACAACAUGAUGCCACAGUUUACAAUGGUAAAAAUAUCUUCACAAAAAUGUUUUAAUUACGAUGAAAACAGAUCAGAAAUUUAUUUUUAUUACCUUGGAUAAAAGCGCCUAAAUUCAUUCUCCUUUUUCCUGUCCACCAUUGGAUUGCCAUGUUACUAUUAUAAGGCCCCCUUCACCUUGUUCUUGAAUCGCCAUAUUGUUUUCAGGAUGCUUUCGUUGUUCUUUCUUCUUGUCACUCAAUACAACAAUAGGGCUUC